UCCGGCUCCUUCCCUCCGCCCCUCCACCGCCAGCCACUGGAAUCAAUUCCUUGGGGGAAUUGGGGCUUCGCCGCUGCCGCCGCCGCGGAGGACAGCCUUUCCGCGCGGGACUCCGGGGCACCGACAGGGCCAUGUAAGCAGCGACCCUCCAGAGCGCCACGCCGGGCAUGGACGCCUUUUUCCGCACCUGGAGGAGCACGGGUGCUAGUGUCAUCGCCCAGUCACAAAGCUGCUAAGGCCAUCUCAGGGGCGUGGGCGUCAGGACAGGAGGGCAGCAUCCGAGGGCCACAGAGCCAUGCCUUUCGGCCUGAAGCUCCGCCGGACCCGGCGCUACAACGUCCUGAGCAAGAACUGCUUUGUCACCCGCAUCCGCCUGUUGGACAGCAACGUUAUCGAGUGCACACUGUCUGUGGAGAGCACGGGGCAGGAGUGCCUGGAGGCGGUGGCCCAGAGGCUGGAGCUGCGGGAGACGCACUACUUUGGCCUUUGGUUUCUCAGCAAGAGCCAGCAAGCACGAUGGGUGGAGCUGGAGAAACCUCUGAAGAAACAUCUGGACAAAUUUGCCAAUGAGCCUCUGCUUUUCUUUGGAGUCAUGUUUUAUGUGCCAAAUGUGUCGUGGCUUCAGCAAGAGGCCACAAGAUAUCAGUAUUACCUGCAAGUCAAAAAAGACGUGCUUGAAGGGCGGUUGCGAUGUACACUGGAACAGGUGAUCCGGCUGGCGGGCCUAGCUGUGCAAGCUGAUUUUGGAGACUAUAAUCAGUUUGAUUCUCAGGAUUUCCUCAGAGAAUAUGUGCUAUUUCCAAUGGAUUUGGCCCUGGAAGAAGCUGUUCUGGAGGAGCUGACACAGAAGGUGGCCCAAGAACACAAAGCCCACAGUGGCAUCCUGCCAGCAGAAGCUGAGCUUAUGUACAUCAAUGAGGUGGAACGUUUGGAUGGCUUUGGACAGGAAAUCUUCCCUGUGAAGGACAAUCAUGGAAACAGUGUGCACCUGGGCAUUUUCUUUAUGGGGAUUUUCGUGAGAAACAGAAUUGGAAGACAAGCAGUAAUAUACAGGUGGAAUGACAUGGGAAAUAUCACUCACAACAAGUCAACUAUCCUGGUGGAGCUCAUCAGCAAAGAGGAGACUGCCCUCUUUCACACGGAUGAUAUCGAAAAUGCCAAGUAUAUAUCUCGAUUGUUUGCUACACGGCACAAGUUUUACAAACAAAACAAAAUCUGCACUGAACAAUCAAAUUCUCCACCCCCUAUCAGACGCCAGCCCACCUGGAGCCGGUCCUCCCUGCCCCGGCAACAACCGUACAUCUUGCCUCCCAUGCAUGUCCAGUGUGGCGAACACUACUCGGAAACACACACUUCUCAAGACAGCAUCUUCCAUGGGAAUGAAGAAGCCUUGUAUUGCAACUCGCACAACAGCCUGGACUUAAGUUAUAUAAACGGCACCGUCACCAACGGCAGUGUGUGUAGCAUUCACAGCGUCAACUCCCUCAGUUGCUCCCAAAGCUUCAUCCAGGCUUCUCCCGUGUCCUCCAACCUCAGCAUCCCUGGGAGUGACAUCAUGCGGGCUGACUACAUCCCGAGCCACCGGCACAGCGCCAUCAUCGUGCCGUCCUACCGGCCGACCCCCGAUUAUGAGACGGUCAUGCGGCAGAUGAAGAGGGGGGUCGUGCACACGGACAGCCAGAGCCAGUCCCUGCGAAACCUCAAUAUCAUCAACACCCACGCCUACAACCAGCCAGAGGAUCUGGUGUACAGCCAGCCCGAGAUGCGGGAGAGGCACCCCUACACUGUCCCUUACGGGCCCCAGGGGGGCUACGGUAACAAACUGGUCAGUCCAUCGGACCAGAUCAACCCAAAGAAUACCACGGUGCCAAGCAAGCCCGGGGCAAGCGCCAUCUCACACACGGUGAGCACCCCGGAGUUGGCCAACAUGCAGCUCCAGGGCACCUAUAAGUACAACACGGCCCACAUGCUCAAAAACUAUCUCUUCCGGCCACCACCCCCCUACCCACGGCCCCGCCCCGCCACCAGCACGCCGGACCUCGCCAGCCACCGCCACAAGUACGUCAGCGGCAGUAGCCCCGACUUGGUGACUCGCAAAGUGCAGCUGUCCGUGAAGACCUUCCAGGAGGACAGCUCCCCGGUGGUGCAUCAGUCUCUCCAGGAGGUGAGUGAGCCCCUCACGGCCACCAAGCACCACGGCGCGGUGCACAAGCGCCACAGCCUGGAGGUGAUGAGCAGCAUGGUGCGGGGCAUGGAAGCCAUGACCUUGAAGUCGCUCAACAUCCCCAUGGCCCGCCGCAACACCCUGCGAGAGCCGGGGCCGCCCGAGGAGGUGCCGGGGAGCCACGAGGUGCCCCAGCUUCCCGAGUAUCACCACAAGAAGACUUUCUCAGAUGCCACAAUGCUGAUCCACAGCAGCGAGAGCGAGGAGGAGGAGGAGGAAGCUCCGGAACCGGUGCCCCAGAUCCCCGCGCUCCGGGAGGAGAUGGAGUACAGCGCCCAGCUACAGGCCGCCUUAGCCCGGAUUCCAAACAAGCCCCCGCCCGAGUACCCCGGACCCAGGAAGAGUGUGAGCAAUGGGGCGCUGGGGCAAGACCAGGUGUGCCUUCCUCCCGCCGUCGCCAGGGCCAGGGUCCUGAGGCAGGGGCCAGCCAAGGCCAUCAGUGUCUCCCGGGCUGACCAGACGGCCAUCAACGGGUCCUCUCUUGGUCCAUCCAUCUCAGAGCCCGACCUGACAAGUGUGAAGGAGCGGGUCAAGAAAGAGCCUGUGAAGGAGAGACCUGUGUCUGAAAUGUUCUCCCUGGAGGACAGCAUUAUAGAAAGAGAGAUGAUGAUCCGGAAUCUAGAGAAGCAGAAGAUGGCAGGCCUGGAGGCACAGAAGAGACCACUGAUGUUGGCAGCCUUGAACGGACUCUCGGUUGCUCGGGGCUCGGGGCGGGAAGAAAGUCGCGUUGAUGCCACCCGAGUUCCCAUGGACGAGAGGUUCAGAACCCUGAAGAAGAAGCUCGAAGAGGGAAUGGUGUUCACAGAAUAUGAGCAGAUUCCAAAGAAAAAGGCAAAUGGCGUUUUCAGCACAGCGGCUCUGCCAGAGAAUGCUGAGCGCAGCCGUAUCCGCGAGGUUGUCCCCUAUGAGGAGAACCGCGUAGAGCUCAUACCGACCAAAGAAAAUAACACAGGCUACAUCAACGCCUCCCACAUCAAGGUGGUGGUUGGUGGGGCAGAAUGGCACUACAUCGCCACUCAGGGGCCUCUGCCACACACAUGCCAUGACUUCUGGCAGAUGGUGUGGGAGCAGGGAGCGAAUGUGAUCGCCAUGGUCACCGCAGAGGAGGAAGGCGGACGAACCAAGAGCCACCGAUACUGGCCCAAACUGGGUUCCAAGCACAGCUCAGCCACCUAUGGCAAGUUCAAGGUCACCACAAAGUUCCGAACAGAUUCCGGUUGCUAUGCAACCACAGGCUUGAAGGUCAAGCACCUUUUGUCCGGGCAGGAAAGGACAGUGUGGCAUUUGCAAUAUACUGAUUGGCCAGAUCACGGCUGCCCAGAGGAUGUCCAAGGAUUUUUGUCCUACUUGGAGGAGAUCCAGUCGGUCCGUCGCCAUACCAACAGCAUGCUGGAAAGCACCAAGAACCAGCACCCCCCGAUCGUGGUCCACUGCAGUGCUGGGGUGGGAAGGACCGGCGUGGUCAUCCUUUCUGAGCUGAUGAUCUACUGCCUGGAGCAUAAUGAAAAGGUGGAAGUGCCCGUGAUGCUGAGGCUCCUCAGGGAGCAAAGGAUGUUCAUGAUCCAGACCAUCGCUCAGUACAAGUUUGUCUACCAGGUCCUCAUCCAGUUCCUCCAAAACUCCAGACUCAUUUAACCCCCCGGAAGAGGCACCCAGCUCCAUCUUACAGAUGGGGAAGCACCUCCAGACAACAUCUGCUCCCCCAGCAGGGCGCGGAUGGCCGGAGCAGGCAGGCCACGGGCUCCCUGAAGACAGGAGCCACGAUCAUUCACAAACAUCACGUAUUAUUUUAUAUGAGAUAAUUUAUUUUUUUUCCCCUCUUUGGAAUAACCUUUGUGAAUCAUCGUAAUGCAGUUUUCACAAUAAUGUAGUACUUUUCAUCUGAACCCCAUUUUGACCGAUCUGCAUUGUAAUAGGUCAGUAGGGAGGGUUGCCUGGUGGAUUAUUUGGGGGACAGAGGCAUAAGGGAACACAUCUCUAGUGAAGUUGCAGCCAGAUUUGUAACCAGCCCUGAAAUUUGUCAGCCUGAUUGCUCACGUCCAAAUCAAAGAUGGCAAGAAAAUGAGUUCAUCCUAAAAUAUAAAGAUAAGGGCUAAGACCCUUUCCUGAAGGAGAAGAACAACACUCUUUUCUUGUAUUUGGGGGCUCCUGUGGCUUGACGGGCAGUUCCUUCCCUUUCCCCUUUUUGGCCUCUCCCUCAGUAGUCUCUUUUUUUCCUCCCAGGCUUGAGUUAAAGACAGGAACAGCUAGAGGAAAUGCUCCCUUUCCAAUGCAGUGAUUGCCAUUGCCCGGGAUGAAUGAGGACUCUGUGUUGUAUCUUUCUCAACCACUCCUUAUUCUGGGCUCCGGAACCUGUUCCCCUGCUGGAGACUGCACCCUUGAUAUUUGCUGCUUCUCCCUGUUGGCUCAGUGGACCCUAGUCUGGUGGCCUUCGAGGCCCUGGGCCAGGCUGUCUGUGCAGCUAGGCUUCUUGCCUGAUUGAGAGAAGAUAAUAGACCAGUGUGGAAGAGAGAGGAGACAGGCAAGCCCUUGAUAUUGUUUCUUAUUUAAAUAUGAAGUGUGUGCUCAUGGGGAUCUGAAGGUCAAGGUGCUGCGUGCCAUGGAAAGGUUAUAAAGGAAACGGUUGGGAAAGCUGAUGCAUGGGGGCUCUUUGGCACUCAGGUGGCAGGGCCCCUGCCAGGAGCCACCCCAAGUGUUAUCCCCGCUGUGCUGCUAGCACCUCCAGCCUUUGGCCUGCAGGAGCAGAACUAAGCCCACCCAGGACCUUGCACCUGCUGAAAUCUUGGCCCACGUGCUGAAAGAUGGUGAGAUGUGUGCUGCUUUCCUUUUCUCCAUACAGCCCACUCUGGUCAGUUGUGGUAUUAACCCUGCCCUCAGUUUGAAGCUCAGUCCUUAGUUCGUCUCCUUCUGUGCCUUCAUUGGCCACCGUCCUUCUGAAUUUUGUAGGUUAGUACACAAUAAAUAAAUGUUCUGCACAUUUUCCCUCUUGCUGACUUCUGGGGAAUUCUUCCCUCUACUGUCUAGUUUUUCUUGAUGCAACUUUUAAUUGUGGCUUUGUUCUUAAAGUUGACUUUUGCGGGUGUUCCAUGAUGCCUUCUUCCACUGCUACCUUUUUUUUUUUUCCUCCUGAGCUGCAAAUGCAAAGAAAGAAUGGCAUCCAAUCGACCAGAAAGAGUGCGCCUUUGUGGCUUCCGGUCACCACAACAGGUGGGUGUGGAAGCAGAUUCCUGAUGAACUACUUUGGAGUAUGAAUCAACUUGGUUUCACAUCUGGCCAGGUGUUAUGGUGGUGGUUCUCUGUAUUUGGACUCAGUAUCUGGCGAUGGAGGGCCUCCUACCUUCUCUUCCAAGGUCUAAAGAAUCAGUCAAGGAGUGGAACUUCAGCUGAGCGCCAUAGAUUCUGGAAUUUUGCUGUGUGAUCUGAAAAAGAAAACCACUAGUAUGACGUGUAUUUUCAGUGGAUCAGAGCUCGUAACCCUCACUAGGAGACGCUCAGAAAUUGGAUCAUCAGCAAGCAAAGAGGUAUUGUUUCCUUUUCCUUAGGGACUUUCCAUCCUUGGGAUAUUCUGCUGUUAGGGAUGUUUUAACGGUUGGUCUGCCGUUACUGGUUUAUUGUUUGAGGAACCACUUCGGUAUUUCUCUUUCGUCUCCCAGGCCCCAGUGUGGGCAGUGUUAAAAUGUCUCGUGUGGGCAGCGUGUAGACCUGCUGACUCUUUGAGCUUA